GCCAAUCUGGCUAAGGAAAAUCAGCAUCCCCCGAAAUUUACUAAACGAAUUUUUAACCUCGAAAUUACACACACGACCUUCCCCUCAAUCUUUAACUACCACCGUCUUUCGCCAAAACAAAUCCUGUCUUCCUGCUAUCUUCAGAUAUCGCAGACCAACCUGACACUUGCCAAUCCAUCGCAUAAGACACUUUUUGUGACAAUCAGUCAAGAUGGUUCUCGCUGUUGAUCUUCUCAACCCCAGCCCGGCUGCCGAGGCCAAGAAGCACAAGCUGAAGACUCUGGUCCCCAGCCCUCGGUCCUUCUUCAUGGACGUCAAGUGCCCCGGUUGCUUCACAAUCACCACCGUAUUCUCUCACGCCCAGACCGUCGUCAUCUGCCAGGGAUGCACCACCGUCCUCUGCCAACCUACCGGUGGUAAGGCUCGAUUAACCGAGGGUUGCUCUUUCCGAAGAAAGUAGAGGAUUUCGUCUCGUCUUUUCUUCAUUAAUGGGUAUGGUCACGACUUCAUAGUGUGGUUCGGAUAUCUGCAAGGCACUCUCGACGGAAUGGGCGCAUGAAAACUGGCAUCUUGUCUUCCGGACAUAAAUCGACUUUCUUCACGAACUUCUACGUCAUUGCAGAUAGACGACGGAUACCAAAAAAGAACCUUCAAUACAAAAGGGCGUUUGGGGUCCUGAUAUCUUGCAUCAUCCGUUUUUCCGCGAAUGAUUUUUCCUCCUCGUUUUUAUCGCCUUGUGUAUUACGCAGUCAUCGCCCUCGAGACAUGAGGCAGGAUGGUAGUUACUGCAUGGGUGGACAGCUGGAAAUGGCUUUCCACGAGCAUCGACUGGUCUCUAUCUCUGAAGGGGUAGGUUCCGUAGGUCUGAUGUGAGGAUGUGGAACGUUAAUUGAGGAUCGCUACAUACCCGAUUGCAGUGGCCGUAUGUUUUCACUGCAUCACUGCAUUAGGCGAAUUCACAUUGUUCCACAA